CAUCACACCGUCACUUGGCAGUUGGAUGCCAAGCCGUACUAACGUGAACACCACGAAUAUAUAAAUGUCAUAUGUGUAUGCAAAAAAAUAUAUUCAAUAACAAAUUAAAAUGAUUCAAAAACUAUUAAUUUGCUUGUUAGUAAUUCACGUCUCGGAUUAUUCAUUCGCACAAAAAUGCGACAGCUGUAUGUUGCUCCGUCAGUGUCCCGAAGCGUUGAAAUUAGCGUCCAACACAGAUCCCGCAGCAAAACAAAGGCUUAAAGAAGCAGUGUGCGGAAUUAAAACCGUGGAUGGCAAACGGCAUCCUAUGAUUUGCUGUUCCCGCUUCAUCACCGUAUCUGAAAGAUUUGCAGAAACAGAAACAGACAUCGAAACACACGAGAACAUCGCACUGUUACCUGAAAAAUGCGGUGGAAUCAAUGGAGACCGAAUCAUCGGAGGUCUUUAUGCCAACCUCUAUGAGUUUCCAUGGAUGGCGCUUAUCUCUCAUGUUAUUAGGAAUAAUAAUGGUAAAAAACACACUCAAUUCAAAUGUGGAGGGACAAUUAUAAACUCUAGAUAUGUUUUGACUGCUGCACACUGUGUCGAGUCUAAAACAAUAGCUGGAGUACGCGUCGGUGAAUUCAAUAUAUAUACACCAGAAGAUUGCCAAGGAGAAUAUCCACAGUAUCUCUGCGAGAGUCAUAUUCAGGAUAUUGCUGUAGCUAAAUCAAUUCCUCAUGAGGACUUUAAAAUACUGCCUAACGUACAAAAUGAUAUCGCUCUCCUCCGCCUCAAGGUGCCAAUUGACUUUUCAUUUAAAAACGUCGCACCGGUCUGUCUACCGAUAUUUAAUGAACUGAGAAACAUAAGCCUCGAUGGAAAACAAGCUACUGUUGCUGGAUGGGGAAUUACCGAGUUCGAUCGAGCAUCUUCCGUUCUUCGAAAAGUUAAUAUACCAAUAAAGACUGAUAAUGAAUGCCGACAAUACUAUGACAGAAACUCUGACGCUCGUUAUACUAUUCACAAGAAAUUAUGUGCUGGUGAGACGGGUAAAGACUCCUGCAGAGGCGACUCUGGUGGUCCACUUAUGUUAGAAGAGGAAUACAAAAACAACUAUCGGAUGAUUCAGUUCGGCGUCGUGUCUUAUGGACCUCAACAAUGUGGUUCUUCUACCCCAGGAGUAUACACCGAUGUUAGGCAAUACAUGAAAUGGAUAUUGGAUAACAUUGAACCCUAAAGUAACACCCAUAACAAUAACAUUGUGUUUAUUAUAAGAUGUAGCAUGUAACAUUUAUUUUCACAAAACAUGAAAAUAAAAUAAUUGUUAUCAUACUUCGUAAAGAGCAUUUAAUUUUAUUAUAAAUGAUUUUUUCACAAUAAAUUGGCCUUAAGAAAAAACAUUGUAAUCAUUUUUAUCAUUCGGUAAUGUAACUAUAAAGUGAACUAUAAAGUGACGUUUUGUUUUCUAACGUCCACAUUCUUUAUUUAUAAAAUAAAUUAUUUGAAUGGAUUGAAUCUUCCCUUUAAAUAAAAGGGAAGAUUCAAUCCUUGCUAUUUUUAAAUUAGUUAAACGCUGAUGAUCCGACCGAACUUUUUGCCUCAACACACCUUACGUUUAUUCAAAUUUCUCAUAAUAUAUGUAAAACUACAGGUUCGAAUUGCUAAGUAUAAAAGGCAAUUUCCAUCUGAAUAAAACGUUUAAAAUAAA